AUGGAUGAUACUUGCCGUGUCGCCCAAGCAAAUACUAGUAGCACCGUUCAGAAUGAUAUAUGUAGUGGCUUCAAAAGUCACGCCAAAGCCUUUUUGCGGAUCAAGUCUGUCAGUCUCUCUACAACCUACCAUACAACUCUCUUGAAGAUGGGGGGACGUAGAAAGGGAGGCAAGAAGCAGAAUGCUGCACUUUCAACUCCGCAAUCCAAUCCUUCAUCGGCAUCUGCAACACCCUCCGUCAACUCUACCGCAAUGGAUCAAACAGUCUCUGCGGUGUCCGCUCUCCAGAUCAGUAACUCAGCAUCCUCGGCAUCCACCCAACCAGCCUCUGGCAGUGCCCCAGCGACCAACAACUCAGCUCCAAUCGCAACCACUGCUUCUGCUGCUGGUGCCUCUACCGCACCCCAGGCCGGUGCGCCAAUCAGAGCUUCAACAGAUCCAAAGCAAGAGUCGUUGCAAGCAGUUCCACAAAUCGGAGAGAUGCGUCCUCCAGAAGUCGAAGCACAGCCAAACAACCAAAAAGUGCUCACAAACUACUUCAAAGUCACUCUGGAAACGAAGAAGCGAGGUGCGCCGGUCUUGCACGAAUAUCAACUCUCGGGCCUUCUGGUGGCACCUCCAAAUGAUCUCUCUCGACCAAAGAAGAAGGUCAUGAUCAAGCGUUUUAUCCAGAUGACUCCCAUUCUUGCCGCCGCCAAUGCUCCGUUCGUGUACAACGGCGAAGGCAGGUUCAUUGCGUGGAGAAAUCUCGAUCCCAGCAAAGCAAUUGGGCAGACCGUCGUCCAGCAGCUCGUUCCCGACUACAAUCGCAACCAACAGGGUGUUGUCUCUCAAUACCUGACCAUGGAUCUUGGCUACGUUCGCACGAUCGAUCUGAGUGAUCUGCAAAACUAUGCUCAGGGCCAGAACAUGGCGUAUCCGGCCAGUGUUGCAGAGGAGGCGCUGAACAUUCUUCUUGGACAGGCGGUCACAGAUAGCAACACGGGAGCCAUCCAAAUUGGCGACAAUCAUUACUUCUCACCCAAUCAGCCAUUCGAGCUAGGGAGUUGGGGUUUGAUUGGACUGCGAGGCUACACCAGCCACAUCAAAGCACGCCGAGGUGGUUUGUUCUUGAACGUCAACACUGCUUUCAGCGCGUUCUACAAAGGUAAUCCUGUUAGUCAACACAUUCAAGACCUCUCGCCAAGCCCCGGUGCUUUUAUCGRCAAUCAGCGCGGGAGACAGCACCUCAUCGGGCUGCGGGUACGCAUCAGAUACAAUCGCGACAAGCCUGGCGAGGUUGGCUCAACGAAAGAUACACCCGAGGGACGCCUCAAAAGCAUCACUGGAAUUUCCACCAAGCCUGCAAAUGAGAUCUUCUUCACCGACAGAUUUAAUGCCACAGUCUCUGUUUGGCAGCACUUUGAAACGAAUCAUCCAGCGGARGCAGCCCAGAGCGCUUCGAAGGGCAGGCAAUUUUGCGUCAACACAAGUGGAACCCAACCUGGUCAAGAGUGUUGGUUUUUGUCCGACCAGCUUGAUGUUGUUCAGGGCCAGAUGUAUCGCAAGACGCUCGAUCGUCUCAGCCCAACCUUGACUGCAGCGAUGAUCAACUUUGCCACUCAGCGGCCUGAUGUUAAUCAGGGAAACAUAGAGUCCGUGGGAAUGGCCGCACUUGGCUUCCAACCACAACACCCAGAUCCUGCCCGACUGAUCGAUGCUGGUGUUCUAGUGGCCAAACGAAUGACUCCUGUACCAGUUCGCUUGAUCCCGUCGCCAACAAUCAGUUAUGGCAGCAAUCAGCAGCUCACUCUGAAAACACCCGGCCAGUGGUCAACUCGCAACAUGAAGUUCUUGUCCCAGGAUAGGAGUCACUUCAAUGGCACUGAUGGAGUUGCCUUUUACUGCCCAACGCAGAACCUUGGUCGACCGCAGCUCGGCGGGGCGUACAUCCAAGGCUUUGAGCGCGCGUGGCAGUUGAACUACAACCAGCGCCAGAACAUCCGGUUGGGCAAUAGAUUCCAGCCUUUCCCAGCUCCAGGCCUGAACAGUCUUCCAAGCGUCACUCAGACAAUGCGGGCGAACAAGGCAGGCUUGGUGGUUCUUGCCUUGCCCUCUGCUAAUGCUCAGAUACGUCCGAUGUACGCCAAUUUCCGGAUUGUAAUGGAUCAGAUCAUUGGCAAGCCAUCGCUUGUCUUUUGCGAAGAUCGUGCGUUUGGGUCUGUCAAGGCCGGCAGCCCGAUCACCGGUGGAGCACUCCUCCCUUACUUCGCCAACAACGCGAGUAAGUUGAACACUCGACUCGGAAAUAUGAACCACAGCGCCAGUGGGUACCAAGCAUUAUCGCCAGGUGGAGUGUGCAACACCCUUGUGCUCGGUGCGGAUCUCAUUCAUCCAAAGGCUACGAGCGCCGAAGUUUGUCCCACCAUCGCUUGCAUCGCUGCGAGCAUUGAUGGCAUCUUUGCAAAGUUUCUGGGCUCUGCUCGCCGGCAGGAUCCCAGAGUCGAGAUCAUUGACAGCACCAACAUGGUUUCAAUGGUCACCGAAGCUUUGAAGAAUUGGCAGAGCCGGAACGCUGGUCGCUUGCCCGCCAGAAUCCUGUACUACCGUGACGGUACCGGUGACAGCCAAUAUGCUGGCAUCCUGAGUGAAAUCUCUGCAAUCAAGACGGCUCACCAAAACGUUGCUGGUCCGCAGGGAUCAACAAAAGUUGUCGUGACAGCUGUCGUCGCUGUCAAGCGACACACCACUCGCUUCUAUCCAGUGAAAGGCGGCCAGUCCACACGAACAGGCAACAUCAUUCCGGGCUCGGUCAUCAACAGAGACAUCACUUCACCCUACCACUUCGACUUCUACCUUCAGUCUCAUGAUGUGGAGAGGGGCUCCGCCAAGGCCACUCUGUACCGAGUGCUUGAGAAUGGCAUGCGCUUCUCCGAGGUGGAGAUUCAGAAUCUUACCAACGCCUUUUGCUACAACUUUUCUCAUUCGGCUUCAGCUGUGUCUUAUGCUUCUCCUGCAUACUACGCCGACCGCCUUUGCGAGCGUUGCAUGCUGUACUUGCGAGAGUUCUUCGACAAUGAUCCGAGCGUCCAAGGUCUUGCUAACAACGCCGCACGCACCACGCUGCUGGAUACUGCUUGGGGUCGUGGUGGUCAGGGAGUGGGCCGCAACCCUUGGAAUGCGAAUUUCAACGACAAGAUGUUUUGGAUGUGA